GAAGAAAGAAAGAAAGAAGUGUUUUCAGUAUUCACACACAAAGACUUAAAUCUAGAACAGAACAGAUCUCAGGACAGAGCAACUCUCAAUAGCCGCCGGCGGGAAUGUCGGAAUUCAAAGAUCCGGCGAUCAAGCUCUUCGGCAAGACGAUUCCUUUAUGGCCGCCGCCGACAGACAAACUUCACCCAAUUCAAGAUCAGGUCAACCCACUUCCCAUUCUUCCUUCGUCUUCACCGCCCGACAAACCCUCCUGCUCCUCUCAACAAGACCAAGAUUUUAAGAGUAAACCCACAGAGGAUCAUGAUGAUGAUGAAGAAGAUGAAGAUGAACGGGAAAGCACUACCUCUUCCGAUCAAGAAGCAACCAAACUUUCAGAAACAACAUCUUCCCGGUAUGACGAUCCAAAAACACCAUCUGUUGACAAAGAACCGAUUUCCCCCAAGGUUUCAAACAAGAACCAACCUGAUGAUACUCAAGACACAACAACUUUGACUAAACCAGACAAGAUACUUCCUUGUCCCAGGUGCAACAGUAUGGACACCAAAUUCUGUUACUUCAACAAUUACAACGUUAAUCAGCCACGACACUUUUGCAAAAACUGUCAAAGGUACUGGACAGCAGGAGGAACCAUGAGGAAUGUUCCAGUUGGUUCAGGCCGUCGAAAGAACAAGACUCCCCCAUCCUCCACCUCAUCUUCUUCAUCCUCUUCUUCUUCCCACUAUCGUCACGCCUUAGCCAUGGAAGCCCUUCAAGCUACCGCAGCAACUCAUUACCCUGUUUUAAGACCCAAUAAUGUAAUCGCCUUCGGAUCAUCCGACACACCCUUGUGUGAAUCCAUGAAUUCGACUUUAAAUUUGGAUGAUUCCCAGCAAGAAACAGUUGUCAAGAAUUUCCCAACCAUGCCUCCUCCUCCUCCACCACCAUAUUUUGCAGGGCCACCACCCUGGCAUAUGCCCUGGAGAGCACCACCUGGUUUUCCAACUUUGAUAUAUCCAGCACCACCACAGUUUUGGGGCUGCGUUCCGAUCAUUCCUAAUAAUACAAUUACUAUACCAAACGAAGCACCAGCUUCAUACGGGCCAAGCUCUCCCUUGGGGAAACAUUCUCGUGAAGGAAACAUGUUUGGAUCGAAAGAGAUUGGAGGAGGAGGGGUUUUGGUUCAUCCAAAAACACUAAGAAUCGACGAUCCAAACGAAGCUGCAAAGAGCUCAAUAUGGUCAACUUUGGGAAUCAAGAACGAAAAUCUGGAGUCUGUAAUAGGAAGAGGACUUUUCAAGCCAUUGAACUCAAAAACUGAAGUUGAGCAUCGCACGUCUCUAGCGAUGCAAGCCAACCCGGUAGCCCUAUCGAGAUCGCACAACUUUCGUGAGAACGCUCCAUAGCAAAUCAAAUUAGUAAAGUCCUCAUUUUACAAUCUUUCUUAGGAGAAAAAAGAGUGAUUUUUGGAAUCAAAGUUGUAUUAAUCAAUAUGUACAUAUUAUUAUUAUUCUAUACAUAUGUGGUCUUGAAUAAAAAAUCAAUAAGGAAAAGGUUAAA